GUCACACAACAAACACACUCUCUCUAUUUCUCUCUCUCUCUCUCCGACCGUACGCGAUCUCUUGCACUCUCUUCAAAUUCCUAAUUUGUUCACAGUCACCACAAACCACUGCAAAAUGCAAAUCCUUCUCCAUUUUCUUGCAUUUUGGGUUUCUAGGGUUUUUCAAUUUUGGGGGUUCUCUCGUGUAGCUUAAAACGCUUGAAAUUUACUCAGAUUUGAGCUGAACAUUUUACACGACGUUGAGGAAUUCGAAGUUUUUAGCAACCAUUAUCUAUCAUAUUUUCUGUCUCUCACUUUGAAGUACUGCUUUUGGAAUUAUUGAAUCCUCUACUAGUGAGGAUUUUGGAAGAUCAUAAUGUUGAAACUUCAUCUACUGAUAUGAGUUGAUGGAGUUUCCAAACUAUUGAUGGGAUUCUUUUAAGAAACUUGCUUGCCACGUUGCACUUUAUAACAUACAAAUAUGCCUUCAUGGUGGGGGAAACCAUCGUCAAAAGAAACCAAGAAGAAGGCAAGUAAGGAAAGUUUUAUUGACACACUACAACGAAAAUUUAAAAGCCCAUCCGAAGGUAAACUAAGCAGUAGAUCUGGAGGAUCCGGUAGACGUUGCAAUGACACAAUUUCAGAAAAGGGGGCUCAGUCUCCUCCUGAAUCGAGAUCUCCUUCACCUUCCAAAGUUGCAAGGUGUCAAAGUUUUGCUGAAAGGCCUCGUGCUCAACCAUUGCCUCUUCCUGGCCUGCAUCCAUCUAAUAUAAGCCGAGCAGAUUCUGAAAUUAGCAUAUCAUCUAAAAUAAGACAGGAAAAGAGCUCCAAACAAUCACUGUUUCCGCCGUUACCAAGACCUGCAUGCAUGCGUGGUCGACUAAACCCUGGAGAUUUGGAUAGUGAUUUGAUCACUGCUUCAGUCUCUAGUGAGAGCUCUGCUGAUAGUGAUGAACCAUUGGACUCCCGCAAUCGCAGUCCUCUGGCGACUGACUCCGAGACUGGGACUAGAACUGCUGCAGGCAGUCCUUCAAGCCUAAUGCUCAAGGAUCAAUCAGCUGCUGUUGCCCAAGUAAAUUCAAGGGAAGCCAAAAAGCCGGCAAACAUUCUGGGUAAUAUGUCUUCUACUUCACCAAAACGGAGGCCUUUAAGCAACCAUGUUCCAAAUCUGCAGAUUCCUCCUCAUGGUGCCUUUUGUAGCGCUCCUGACAGUUCCAGGUCAAGUCCAUCAAGAAGUCCGUUGAGAGCAUUUGGCACCGAACAAGUAUUGAACUCUGCGUUUUGGGCUGGAAAGCCAUAUACAGAGGUCAAUUUUGUUGGGUCUGGGCAGUGCUCAAGUCCAGGUUCUGGACACAAUUCUGGGCACAAUUCAAUGGGAGGGGACAUGUCAGGACAGUUAUUUUGGCAACCAAGCAGGGGUAGCCCUGAAUAUUCUCCUGUACCUAGUCCCAGAAUGACUAGCCCUGGUCCAAGCUCUAGAAUUCAGAGUGGAGCUGUUACACCUAUUCAUCCCAGAGCUGGGGUAACAUCUGCUGAAUCACAAAUAGGACGGGUUGAUGAUGGGAAAAAACAGAGCCACCGUUUGCCCCUUCCUCCUUUAGCUGUUACCAAUUCCAUGCCUUUCUCUCAUUCAAAUUCUGCAGCAACAUCUCCAUCCAUGCCGAGAAGUCCAGGAAGAGCAGAUAAUCCAAUGAGCCCUGGUUCACGUUGGAAAAAAGGAAAGCUACUUGGCAGAGGCACAUUUGGGCAUGUCUAUGUUGGCUUCAAUAAGGAAAGUGGUGAAAUGUGUGCAAUGAAAGAGGUGACUCUGUUUUCUGAUGAUGCCAAGUCUAAGGAAAGUGCUAAGCAAUUAAUGCAGGAAAUUUCCUUAUUAAGCCGUUUACAGCAUCCGAAUAUUGUGCAGUAUUACGGUUCUGAAACAGUAGAUGACAAGCUUUACAUAUACCUGGAGUAUGUAGCUGGAGGUUCCAUAUAUAAACUUCUUCAAGAAUAUGGGCAGUUUGGUGAGCUAGCUAUUCGUAGUUAUACUCAACAAAUUUUGUCAGGGCUUGCUUAUUUGCAUGCUAAAAACACUAUCCACAGGGACAUCAAAGGAGCAAAUUUACUAGUAGAUACUAAUGGGCGGGUCAAGUUGGCAGACUUUGGCAUGGCCAAACAUAUAACAGGGCAAUCAUGUCCAUUAUCAUUCAAAGGAAGCCCUUAUUGGAUGGCACCUGAGGUUAUAAAAAACUCUAGUGGGUGCAAUCUUGCGGUAGAUAUAUGGAGUCUUGGAUGCACUGUUUUGGAAAUGGCUACAACUAAGCCUCCUUGGAGUCAAUAUGAAGGGGUUGCUGCCAUGUUCAAGAUUGGUAAUAGCAAGGAACUCCCAACAAUACCAGAUCAUCUCUCUAAUGAAGGAAAGGAUUUUGUUCGGAAGUGCCUACAACGUAAUCCUCAACAGCGUCCUUCAGCUAGUGAUUUGUUGAAUCACCCUUUUGUAAAAUGUGCUGCACCUUUAGAAAGACCUAUUCUCCUUCCUGAAGCUUCAGACCCCGUAUCUGAGAUUGCACAUGGAUCAAAAGCUCUGGGCAUUGGACAAGGACGGAAUCUUUCUAUGUUGGAUUCAGAUAGACUUUCUCUUCAUUCUAGGUUUUUGAAAAAUAAUCCUCAUGCAAGUGAGCUCCAUAUUCCAAGGAAUAUAUCCUGCCCUGUCUCUCCCAUAGGAAGCCCACUUUUGAGACCAAGAUCACCACAGCAUAUGAGCGGAAGAAUGUCUCCGUCUCCUAUAUCUAGCCCUCAAACUGCUUCUGGUGCAUCCACACCUCUCAGUGGUGGUAGUGGUGCCAUUCCAUUUAGUAAUAACUUAGUUUACUUUCAAGAGGGUCUUGGAAGCUUGCCAAAGUCCCCAAACGGCAUCUACAUUAGUGGUCCUGCUCAUCCUGACUCAAAUGUUGACAUUUUCCGAGGAAUGCAGAAGACUUCUCACAUUUCAUCGGAACUGGUUCCCAGUGAAAAUGAUGCUCUGGGCAAGCAGUUUACAAGGCUUCCUCAAGACAAGUCAUAUGAUGUUCAAUCAGUCUUGGCUGAUCGUGUUUGCCGGCAGCUGCUCGGGGAUAAUGUGAAGAUUAACCCAUCUAUUGAUCUAAGACCCAACUCCAAUCUGCUCAGCCGAGCAAAUGGUUUAUGACACUUGCAUUUUUCUAGUACAUGUUUGAAGUUUCUCAGGAUACCUUUUGGUUACAAUGAUCUCUGUUUGUGGAGGAAGUAAUUGUACAAUAUGGAGCCAAAGCAUAACAGAAUCAGUGCAAUGAAUUUGGAACUGAUAAUAGGCGAGUUGGGGCGCUUAAGUCCAUUUUACUGGUGAAGUGCCAAACUCAGCCAUAGGAUGAAAUUUUCUGACAUUUGAUUUGUCCACAUCAACUGAAGCAAAUGCUCGAGUGUUGGCAAAACGGAGCUUAUAUUUGUAUCUAGAAUAUUUAAUAUGCAGCAUCAGUGCAUGAGAAGCAGGGAGCUAGGAUUUCUAUCAGGAAUGACAGGUUAAAUAUUAAUAUUAGCUCAAGGAAUAUGAGUUUUUAUAACCAUAUGUAUGGAGUUCCUGCGGUUAAUAGAAUUCAUGGAGUGACAACUCUAUCUUUUUUAACAUCAUAUAGAUGCCAGAAAAAAAGAGAAAUUGCUGAAAAUUUUAGCUUCUAGACUAUUUUUUGAAAUAUCUGAUAUUGCUGUACAGAAGAUGGGAGACCUUAUUGUGACUGCAUUUAUUAAUGGGAAGGCAAGGAUUUGUGUAGCACAUACAUCUAUUGCUUAAUUGCAGGUUCAGAUGUAUUUACUGUCAUUAUGUACUUUUCUACCUAUUUUGUACAUUUUUAUUUGUCGUAAAAAUCGCAGAUACAUGAUUAAUGAUCCUCUCACUAGAUUGUAAACAUCAGUCUCUACUCCUUAUGAUACUUAAUGUCAAAGUUUGAACAAA